GCAGAACGUCAGCGGCGGGCCAAUGAGGCGGCAGGCGAAGCUCAGCGGACAGKUGAGACUGACGAAGCGGCACGAAACAGACGGAAUGCCGCCAGCAGGGAGUCCCUGAUUGCUAGUGAGCAUCAGUGGACAACGAUACUCCAAGGCAUGAUCUUUGUGCCUACGGAAACGCAGGCGGAGCCGACACAGGCGGAGGCAGAGAGAAGUAACCUGGCUACCGUGAUGUUGAACGUAAUGAGGGGAGUAAUGUGGAACAACAAACUACUGCAGGCACACCUGCACGCGGAACGACAGCAAAGACAGCAGUACCAGCAAGACCUGGCCGCUGUAACGGYCGRCGUCCGCGACGCAGCAAUGCAGCAGCAGCAACARCAACARCUGAUGAACUCUACCAUCGCACGCACCAACGGCAUUGAGGCCAAGGCCUCAGCAGCGCCAGGCUGCACGACGGACGCGACGAAGCAAAUCAACGAACGCAUCGAUCACGUCGUCACCAUCAUCGGUGACAUAGGUGUUUUCAAUGGACCUAAUACGAUCAGCAGCAUGGUGGCCGCCAUCAAGACGGACAUCACCAAGCUACAGACGAGACCGGACGCCGCUACAAAGACGUUCAAGAUGCCGACAUCUGCAACGUCAUGCCGCACUGUCCCGGCGAACGACAUGUUGAAGGCACUCUAUUUGCAACUGAUUGGAGGAGCGCAGGCAUGGAUGAACCACCUGGCGGCCACCCACAAGUGCACCAUCGCCAAACUCCACACGCACAUCACGUGGAAGGAGUUCGAGCAGCUAUGGUUCACCCGGUUCAUGGUCCGCAACGUCGUGAAGGCGGCCAUGAAUGAGGUGUACACAUGCUCUCAGGGUAACAUGCCAACUCGAGACUGGACAACGAAGUGGCAAAAGAUAGUGACCACACCAGGCUUCGACUUUACGUUUCCAAAUCAACAAUCCGAGUUCUUCUCGCGAUCAUGCGCGGGAUUGCGGUCGGCACUCGGUAAUGAGUACGACUAUACCACAUUCCAUGCCAUUCUGGAUCGAGCGAACUUGGUCAUMCAAACGGACGACAAGGCCGCUAACGAGAGACAACCCCAGCCGCAUUAUGUGGCUAAGCAGGCCUAUCAACGUCCGACACAUAACAAUGCCGUGAUUUCUGAGGAAACCGACGACCACCACGCUGCAGCAGCAUCCUCAGGUGAUGGAGGAAUUGUCGCAGUGCUCCCGCCGAAGCGUCCCAAGAGAGUUCGUAAGAACAAGGCGACACAAGAGACGACAACGACGGGAGCUGGGCAACAGCCAUGGACGACAUAUAAGAUCACCAAGGAGGUCUAUGACCUACGUCAGAAGUUCGGAUACUGCCUUUGGUGCAACGGAGUCACUCAUUGUCACGAGGACGGUUGGCAUCCGGUUGAGUAUUUCUCCCAAAAGGUGUCUCUCGUCAACACUCUCGACGACGCUAGGAAGAAAGAGAUACCCGCGUUCGUCACCGUUCUCAAACGGUGGCGCCACUUUCUUCUCGGCCGGCGGCGUUUUAAAUGGAAUACGGACAACAAUCCGUUGACCUUUUACAAAACGCAAGACACGAUCACUAGCACGAUCGGUCGAUGGAUGUAUUACAUCGACCAGUUCGAUUUUGACCCGUGCCACAUUCCCGGUCCUGCCAAUCGAGCUGCGGACGCCCUUUCACGACGGCCCAACUUUUGCGCCAUUGUGACCACGGCAUUCGACCUUGAUGACAAUCUGCAGCCGCAUUUCGUCAAAGGCUACAAGUCCGAUCCGACUUACUCUACAUUGUACGAGGAGCUCUCAUCGGAUCACCCGCCGGCGAGCCACUAUCGGAUUUCUGACGGGUUCCUUCUCCUUCACACGAGAGGAAAGGACUUGUUGGUUGUGCCCCAAGAUCGCAUCUUACGGACUCGUCUUCUCGGCGAAUUCCACGACGCACGACUUUCGGCACACCUUGGCGUGAACCGCACACUAGCACGCCUCCGCCAGCGUUUUCACUGGCCCGACGUCCUUCACGACAUCACGAGGUACAUUGAGUCAUGUGCAGUUUGCCACCGUAACAAGGGUCGAUUUCGAGUCUCCUUCGGCGAACUGAAACCGUUGCCAAUCCCUCGGGCACCACGCCUCUCCAUUGCUAUGGACGUGAAAGGCCCGUUUCCCCGCGAUCGCCAUGGCCAUGACGGUAUUCUCACGGUCGUUGAUCGAUUGAGCAAGUAUGCUUGCUUCCUUCCUUGCAAGUAUCAUGCUGCAGCACCUGAGCUCGCACGACUCUUGCACACCGGUUGGAUUACCAACCAGGGUGUUCCAGAAGAUAUAGUGAGCGACCGAGAUACUCGCUUCAUGUCGGUCUUUUGGACUUCUCUCAUGACUGAGUCCGGCACGACAAUGAAGCCGAGCUCGGCUCGGCACCCGCAGACGGAUGGUCAGACGGAGCGAGCGCACCAGACCGCUCAGAUGAUGUUGCGUACGCUCAUCCGUCCCGACCAGAAAGAUUGGGUUGACCGGCUUCCCGACAUCGAGUUCGCCUACAACACUUCGGUGCACCCGGCGAUCUGCGUCACACCAUUCGAGCUACAGCAUGGUGGAGAGAAAGCAUGGAUCUUUGCUGAUCUCCUUUUGCCACAGGCUGCCGACAUAGACGUCCCUUGCUCUCCCGCUUCCAUCCGGAAGUACCGGGACUUGCUGAUCAAAGCCCGCGCAAAUAUGCAAAAGGCUCAGAUCCGCAUGCAGCAGCAAGCUAACCGACGUCGACUUCCAUGUCCUUUCCGCGAGGGAGACCDUGUUUGGGUCCUCUCCGAGGAAUUUGCGCUCGAGCAGGAUGUUUCGCGCAAACUCCUUCCGAAAUGGUUCGGACCAUGGGAAGUCACUUCUGCCGUUGGAGACGACCCCGCAGGUCCUUCCUUCGUGAUCAACAGUCCGCCGCACCUAACAGUGCAUCGGGUCUUCCACGCAUCGAAGCUAGCCAUCUACACGCCACCUUCAGCUGACAAGUUCCCCGGACGUCGAUCACAGGAUCCGCCUUCUAUGGACGGACAUCAGGAAGUUGACCGAGUCAUCACGCACCGCAAAUUUGCAGACUUCUGCACCCCUCAUCUUCGCCGACUAUGAGAAGCGACGCCUUGCUAAGGACGCAGCUCGGCCC